AUGACUGAAAUUCGUGAUUUACAUGCAUUUUCUUUCAUCCUAUGCAUUGAUGCUUGCCAAAAUAAUGGUCAUAACAAACUCAUCGAUAUUUAUGCAUCUUUUCUCACAGAUGAGGCUCAUGCAACACUUUUAUCCAAAGGCAUAAGCUGGUCGCCCAGUCCUUUUCCGAAAAAUUAUCAAGAAAAAACAUUUAUUUAUCCCUCUUUCUUACGCCAUUUCAAAUAUGAUAGUUUAUGUUUAUGUUUAGAUUCAUGGUAUAGAAAACUUUUACUAAAUACUCACGAUGAUAAAUUAGAUAAAACGAAGAAAGCAUGGGCUCUAUACGAUUACACAUGGUUCAUUCCUCUUUAUAUUGAAAUUUUUAAAGUUUUUUUAAAUUGUGGUGCAAGAUUUGAAUGUCUUGACCUUUAUUCUGAACAUUAUUACCAAUUUGUCGAUCAUAGGAUUUUGUUUGAAUUGCCUGGAAUUGAAAAUUGUUUAGCAAAUCUUAAAGAACUUUCUCCUGCAGCAAUGGAAAGUCUUACUUCAAUAGAUUAUUAUUCUAAAUUAUGUCGAAAUGUCAAAUCUUUAAAAAUUGAAUCUUUACGCAUUGGAGAAUCCGCAAUAUCUGAUCUAAUUAAAGCUCAAGUUGCUCUUGAACAUAUUUAUAUUGGAAACUAUCUUUAUCCUUAUCACUUAACAAACUAUACGUUAAAUUCUUAUGUAUACUCUGGACAAAACAAUGAUCUAUCUUUGGCAUUGUUAACACAAGCUAGUUCCCUUAAAUCUCUUGAAAUUAGAAAUUUAUUUGUUAAUGAAAUUCCUUCCUAUAAACAAAUAACUUGGGAUAAUUUAAAUUCUUUGACAAUAUAUAACGAUACUAAUAAUAAUUUAAUGAAAAUGCCAUUUGGUAUAAAAUAUUUUCCAAAAUUACAAAAAUUAUAUAUAAAGCAAAAUACUUUUCCUACUGAUCUUAUUGAUUUUAUUCGAAAUACAAAAUUUUCUUUAAAAGAAAUCCAUUUAAUAUUAAGAAUUCAAUCGGGUAACAUUUCAAAUGUUAUCCAAUGUAUUUCAAAGUUCUGUACAAAUCUUGUUUAUUUUGAGUCCACUGUUGAUUUUAAUGCCAUUCCCGCUUUAUUUUCUUUACUUCGAUCUUGCAAAAACCUUAAACAUCUUUCAAUUUCAAAUCCUUUCACUCCUUACACCGAAGAUGAUUUUAGGAUGCUCUCAGCAUUUUUGCCUUCUAAUUUACGUAGUUUUACUCUGAUUACUAACUAUAUAGAUAUCACUGAUGAAUCCUUUGGUAUUCUUCUCCAAUAUUUAUGUGUAAAGUUGGAUUAUUUGGAUUUAAGUCAAUCUAAAAGAAUGAGUUGUCGGGUUCUUGAUGUAUUAUUGGAUAGUGCUAAAGUGAACAAAUAUAGAUUUCCGAAAAAGAUUAUUAUUAGUACUAAUCCUAUUGAUUAUUCGGAUAAAAAAGAAAAACUUUGUAAAUUGGAAGAUUUGGGUAUACAACUUUUAAAUGACGAUUUUUUAACUUAUUGUUUUGUCUGCGAUUGA